AUGCAAUCGAACCCAAUUAAGCAGAAUGCACAUGCUCAAGGGCCGAAAAUUCUCAUAUUUGGAGUCGGUGCGGUUGGCACUUGUUAUCUCCACAUGUUAAUGCAAGCUGGGUGUGAAGUGACUGGAGUUUGCCGGUCAAACUACUCCGCGGCGAAGCAGAAUGGCUUUACUUUGCACUCCGCCCUAUUUGGCAACCAUAUUCGCCUCCACCCACGCGUUGUACGCCGGGUCAAAGAGGUUGAAGGAAUGAGCUUUGAUUACGUUCUGGUCACUGCGAAAGCCUUUCCUGGAACAUCCCCGAGCACUGCGGCUCUUCUCCGACCUGCGAUCAAAUUAGGCCAUACAUCCAUUGUGAUUCUCCAGAACGGGAUCGGAAUCGAAGACGAGUACGAAAUGAUGUACCCUUCGAAUCUGAUCAUUUCCUGCGUGGUGAAUCUGCACGCAACGCAGCAUUCAUCAGCGAUUGUCACGAUGGGAUUAUCGCAGCUUUUGGAAUUGGGAAUAUUCAGGUCUCAUGAUCCCCACAAUACGAAGCAGCAACCGCCCGUAGCAGUGACGGAUUUUCGCAAUCUGAUAUCGAAGGGCGGAGGUAAAGCGACUUUGUUUCAGGACAUCCAGCCUAGGCGCUGGACCAAACUGCUGGUCAAUGCAUCUUGGAACCCUGUCUGUGCUUUAACCCGUCUAGACGACGCAUCCGUUCUGCAGUCAUGUCCCGAGGCCAUGGAGUACAUUCGACGUUUGAUGAGCGAAGUCAUCAAUGUUGCACAUGGCCUUGGAUAUUUCUCAGUCACUCAGGCGGCAGCUGAAGAGAGACUUGAUGCCAUAGCCAAACAGUCCUCUAAGUUUGGUCAUGAGCCUAGUAUGUCCGCGGAUGUACGGAGGAAGCGCCCUUUGGAGAUUGAGGCUAUCUUGGGUAACACAAUCCGGAUUGCGAAGACCAAAAACGUAGAAGUGACAAAUCUGGAAGGACUAUAUGUUCUGCUGUGCGGCCUAAAUAUAGCUCUAGAACAAUAA